AUGAAGUAUCAUCUAUUUCCCUCGAGAAAUAUUCGUUCUUGUCGACUUAUUUGCGCAAUUCCGAUUUCACUAAUUUGUUUAACUUUUUAUUGGAUUUCUAGUGAAGAACCAAAGCAAAGAGUGAGUCAAAAAGCGGAAGUUCUCUUCUCGAGUCAUAUCUUUGAAAGUUGUCCCGAUUACAAUUAUAAAUGGGAUGAUCCGGAGAUUUUAAAGCGAUUGCCGCCAACUGAAGAAGAACCUCUAUGCCAUCGUGAGAAUGGAAUCACUUUACUUUUGAGGGGAGAGGUCAAAAUGAACACUGAAUAUUUGAAUUAUCAAAAAUACAAAUGUAAAGCAAGAUGCGCUUAUCUUGAUGGUGGUUACGAGUAUAAAUUUGGAUCAUGGUGCACUGUUGGAAAUGAUUGUAAAAAGUUUACCUGCGAUUUCGUUUACAUCAACUGUUGGCUGGGUGAAGAAUUAGUGCAUAUCGAUGUGCAUUUGCAAAUUUAUGAACACAGAAGAAAUCGAGCUGAAGAGUUUCGUAGUUUAUACAAUGGCCAUUCGAUUCCACUACAGAGCCAAGUUACUUCAAAAGGUUUCCAUCCAAAUCUCUACAUCAUUGUCCUCGAUUCAGCUGGCAGAAAUCCGGCAAUGAGACAACUCAAAAAGACUUACAAAUACCUUGUUGACGAGCUUGGGGCAAUUGAUUUCGAGAAAUUUCAACGUGUCGCCUACAGUAGUCGAGAAAAUGCAUUCGCUGCUUUCUGGGGAAUCAUUGGGGAGAGAGUUGAUCGAAAAGCUUUUGGUGGUACAGUCAUUGAGAAAACUUCAACGUGUGGAUAUCCAUAUGAUAAUCGUCAUUAUAUUCAAUUCGAAUAUGAGGAUGCCGGCUAUCGAACGAUGUACGCGUACGAUUACCUCCUCGAUUUGUACAUGUAUGUCGAUUGUGUGGGAAUGGUAAAUGAUCCGGCCACGCAUCAUUCAAGACCAUUCCAAUUGCUCUCCAUUUUGCCUGAAGAAGUUUGGAUCGAUGUCCCAUUCGUCCAAUACGGAUAUCAGUAUCAAGAUGAGAAACUUCUUCGGAAACAUCUACGCAACAAAACGAAAUGUGGCCAAAACUAUAAUCACAUGAUACGCUACACUGAGGAAUUCAUGAACUCAUAUAAAGGAAUUCCAAAGUUCGGGAUUCUGUGGACAAAUGAGGGCCAUGCUGACGAGAGAGCUUUCCGCAACACUGACAAAUACUACGAGCAAUUUCUUCGGGAUAACAAGAAAGAGCUUGAUGAUGCCUUUGUGAUUGUGCUUGGGGAUCAUGGGCAAAGGGAAGGAAAGGUCAUCGAUACGACUCAGGGGAAAUUUGAAGUGAGUAACAAUUUGCUGCUUUUCUCUGUGCCAAAACAACUACGCGGUACUUUACUUGAAGACAUGGUAAAGAAGAAUUCUGGUGAAUUGCUUACAAUGCACGAUCUUCACGCAACACUCAUUGAUAUAAUUCGGCAUCAACCCACCGCCAACUUUCAAGGGCAAUCAUUUCUGGCAAUCAACGGCACAUUGGGAAACUCGUGGCUACGUAGAUUGGAUCCAAAUCUGCCUCGAUCUUGUCGACACUUGCCAAUCCCAUCUCAGUAUUGCACGUGUAACUAUGGGAAACACGAUCCGGUUUCCAAAGAAGAUUCGCUUUGGCUCAUGCUACCGAAGCUGAUUCAAACGAAUUUCAAUGAGUAUCUAGCCGAGAACAAGUUGAAUGAGCUGUGCGAGGAGGUCAUCGUUCAGAAUGUGACAAUCAUCACAAAAAUUCAAACAGGGACCUCAGUCAACUUUCACGCCGAGUUCUACACGACAAGGAGUGCCGCUUUUUCGGUCGAUUAUAAGCUUUCUGACAACGGUGAACUGGAAAUGGCGCCACGGGAAUUCGUUCGAGUCAACAGAUACGGCACUACAGGCAAUUGUCUCACCACCGGCAUCGCUCUCUUCAAACCGGUGUGCUAUUGCAAAAUACAAAAA